ACCGACACAUAUGAUGUAUGCGUACAUGAGUCAAAUAACCGGUUACAACCGGUCAAAUUAACUUUUUUCAUUUUAAAAUUAGAUCCAAAGGUUGUCUGUAAUUGCAAAACGGGUUGGCAACAAAAUAACGGUCCCCGUUAGGGUUAACGUAUAGUAUAAAGUAGUUUGCCCCAAUUUGUUGAGUUUGUAGAGUCCUGAGUCAUUUUUUCCUUAGCCUCUCCCAUCUCAAACCGAUCCGAGCAUUUUCAAUCUCCACGGUACUUUGUAAUGGAGAAUCACCAUUUUUGAGUGCACCUCUCCCAUCUUCAAUUCGAUCUGUGCCGUCCUGCAUAUUUGUUGUCUGCGCCUCUCCCACAUCAAACCGAUCUGAGCUGCAUCUUCAAUCUCCACGGCUUGAAAUCAAUUUCUGAUUUUGAACGGAAAACACCACCGAGGUGAGCUAUGGUGGCACAUAAUUCUUGAAUGGAAACAUUGAUCCUAGUUGCUCGAUGAAAGAUGAUGAUAAACUGACAGAGGAAUUGGAUGAGUUGAACGUGGAAGAAAAAGAUGAAGAAGAAUAUACAGUGGAAGAAAAUGUGGAAGAAAAAGAUGAAGAAGACUAUACUGUGGAAUGUGAUUAUGCAGAAGAAACACUUAUUGAUGGUUCUGAUGCAACAAUGGAUAUCAACAAUGAAGAUGAUAUACUAAGGGUUGAUCUUAAGAAUUUUUGUGCUGAGAAAAUUUCAAAGUUGAGCUUCAUUAGUUUGGAUGUUGCGUAUUUAUUCUAUACUUGGUAUGGAAGGGUGAAUGUAACAUCCCGAUUUUCUGGUGCCACGGUAGUAUCAUGUUAAAGUAAAGAUGCAAUAUUUUCCAAACUGGAUUUA